UAAAAGGUAUAUUAAUACGUGCCCAACAUCGCUAAUGAGGACUCGAUAUCGCUAAUCAAUAAACGACCAUGGGUGCGAUCAGGACCGGAGAGGCCGUCGAGCGCGUAUUCGCUCUUCUUUUGACUUGUUUCGAGAAUCUCGUCCACGGCGCCAUCAUCUUUGGCUGGCCAUCGUUCGUCUUCGUCUUCAACCAGCGUGGCUACUUCAACGAUCUCUGCAAUGCUGACGGGCCCAGCGAGAAUACCACAUCCUCAAUGAUCCACAAUAUCAGCACAGGCAGCUCAAGCCCCAUCGAAGUAACUGACAAUGAUAUGCCGUGUCCGGAGCAGGCCACUCGUCUUCAGCUUGUCUUCUCCGUCGCUUCGGCUUCUCAGACCAUUUCCAUGUUUCCAAUCGGCCUCUUUUUUGAUCGAUUUGGAACUCGAAUAUCUCGACUUGUCAUGAGUUUCUUAAUGCUGAUUGGAUAUCUAAUGAUGGCGCUGAGCUCCCCUUCCUACUCGUUCCUUCUCUUCCCUGCAACAGUUUGUUUUACCGUAGGAGGCGUCAUCUUGCUCUUAUCAUCCAUGCAGAUCGGGAAUCUUUUUGGAAGAAAUAAGUCGACAGUCAUCACGAUAAUCAACGCCAUGUAUAGCGCAUCUAUAAUAAUGUCUGUUAUCGCCAAGAGAUCAUACGAGGCAGGAUUCUCCAUCAGUACCUUCUUCUUCAUCUUGACUGGAUCCGUACUCCUCCUCAGCAUCAACACCUUUGUCUUCCUACCAACAAAGUUCAUCCCCUGGCCGCUGCCAAGGGGAUACACAAUGACCCCCUGUCUGACCCCUCCGACCACCAAUCCCGACAAAGGAGAGGCUGCAUGCUACCAAAAUCGAGGGUACGGAGAAGAUCCCUCAAGUUCAAAUGACAUUUAUCUGGAGAAAAGUAGAGCCAUAGAUGGAGGUACUAUUAAGGAAGUACCUAGAAGUGAGGAUGGGGAGUGUUUGAGCCAAAAUAGGGUAGACUUUAGAGAAAGAGCAUGGGAAAUGGGCAAGACUGACAAAGUGGCAAGUGACAGAACCGCAUCUGCAAACGGAAAUUGCGAAGAGAAUAAGGGUGACUACAUAAGCAGUAGAAGCAGGAAGGAGGUAGACCCAUCCAUGAACCAAUGUAAUGGCGGCAUCCGUCAUGUCCUUGAAAAUGGACUCUCCGAACAGAAUAGAGGGGACUUUAGCAGUGUAGAGGUUGGUGGAGAUAUGCAUGAAAUAAUAGGAGGUGGAACAGGUAAACGGUUUGCCGAUGAAAUCGAUGAAAGGAAGAGAAAAGAGUACGGAAACCUGGGCUCGUGUCUCUGGUCGAUGCCCUUCUUCUUGUUGCUCCUGUGGCAGGCUUUCCUAGAGAUUGAUAUGAUCUUCACGAUUGGCACUCUCAACUUCUUCCUAACCAGGAUGGCCGACGGUGAUGAAGAUAUAGUUAGCUGGUAUAUAGAUGCAUUCUCCUUCAUACAAUUCCUUGUUCUUAUCGUUGGCCCCCUUGGAGGUCUCCUCAUGGACAGGAACAACGUCUUCACAUCUUGCUCAAGAACCAGAAAACCCAAAUUGAUAAAUCAAUACGCGGACAUGCGGGACAGCUGUCUACCUCUUGCCUUGGCCACUCUUGCCUCCAUUGGUUACUCCAUCUGUCUCCUGAUACCUAGUCUCCAGCUUCAAUAUCUGACAUUCGUCUUCCUCCUAAUCGUACCAUCUUUGCUAUUUGGUAUCGGACCAGCAGUCGUCGGCAUCGUCUUCCCGAUGCAAUAUUUUGCCAGUGUAUACGGUGCGAUGAGAACGAUCAGUGGUUUAUUCAGCUUCCUCCAGUACCCAAUCUUCAUCCUAGUCCAGAAGUAUCUUGACAAUGAUCCCUUCUAUGUGACCGUUGGUUUCAUCGUUGCCGAUAUUUUGACGCUUAUCUUACCUGUCGCCCUCUACGUCAAGAGUAGACAACAACUUUUGGGGAUACAUACAACUACAGGGCAGACAGGAGUAAUAAAAAACCCCAUUCACUCUAAAUCGUAACUCACCAAAUAUGUUAUACACGUCAUGUCCUCAUUAUUACACACAAAUAUAUAACUUCAUAACAAAAAUAGGGA